CUGCUAGCCCGCUGUACUCGCCAGGCAAACCCUCCCGGAGCUGCUGAAGUGCGCGACGGCCAUCUUUGUGCGGGGCGGUCCGAGCCCGCGUGCUUGCCGCGCCCUCGGCCAUCCUUGUGCUGGGCGCUUCCGCACGCGCCGCCGCGGGGAGCCCGCAGUCGGGCCGCUGGCCAUGGAGCGGCGGCUGAGCUCGCCGCUUCGGCUGUGGCUGCUGUUGCUACUCUUGUCCCCGGGACAGGGCCGCCAGAAGGAGUCAGGUCCAAAAUGGAAAGUGUUCAUUGAUCAGAUUAACAGGUCUUUGGAGAAUUAUGAACCAUGUUCAAGUGAGAACUGCAGCUGCUACCGUGGUGUCAUAGAAGAGGAUCUGACACCUUUCCGAGGAGGUAUCUCCAGGAAGAUGAUGGCGGAAGUAGUGCAGCGGAAGCUCGGGACCCACUAUCAGAUCAUUCAGAACAGGUUAUACCGGGAAAAUGACUGCUUGUUCCCCUCCAGGUGUAGUGGUGUGGAGCACUUUAUUUUGGAAAUUAUUGGGCGCCUCCCUGACAUGGAGAUGGUGAUCAAUGUACGAGAUUAUCCUCAGGUUCCUAAAUGGAUGGAGCCUGCUAUCCCAGUCUUCUCCUUUAGUAAGACUUCCGAGUACCACGAUAUCAUGUAUCCUGCUUGGACGUUCUGGGAAGGAGGACCUGCUGUUUGGCCCAUUUAUCCUACAGGCCUUGGACGAUGGGACCUCUUCAGAAAAGACCUGAUAAAGUCAGCGGCACAGUGGCCAUGGAAUAAGAAAAAUUCUACAGCAUACUUCCGAGGAUCAAGGACAAGUCCAGAACGAGAUCCUCUCAUCCUUCUAUCUCGGAAAAAUCCAAAACUUGUUGAUGCAGAGUAUACCAAAAAUCAGGCGUGGAAAUCUAUGAAAGAUACUUUGGGGAAGCCAGCUGCUAAAGAUGUUCAUCUUGUAGAUCACUGCAAAUACAAGUAUCUGUUUAAUUUCCGUGGUGUCGCUGCAAGCUUCCGGUUCAAACACCUCUUCCUGUGUGGUUCACUUGUUUUCCACGUGGGUGAAGAGUGGCUGGAAUUCUUUUAUCCACAACUGAAGCCAUGGGUGCACUAUAUCCCAGUCAAAACAGAUCUCUCCAAUGUCCAGGAGCUAUUGCAGUUUGUAAAAGCAAACGAUGAUAUAGCUCAAGAAAUUGCUGAGAGGGGAAGCCAAUUUAUCUUGAACCACUUGCAGAUGGAUGACAUCACCUGUUACUGGGAGAACCUCUUGACUGAAUAUUCUAAAUUCCUGUCCUACAAUGUAACAAGAAGGAAAGGCUAUGAUCAGAUUGCUCCCAGAAUUUUGAAGACUGAGCUCUAGUAGUUGUGGUACCACAGCCGUCUUCAUGGCUACAGAUCACAGAUGUCCAGUGGUGAGCAGCUUACCAUGAACAUGGCACCUGUAGUUGGAAUACCAUUUAUCAAGCCAAAUAUCACUUUUUCCUUAUCAUGCUGCACUCAGCACAACUCAAGAUUCAGAAUGUGUAUAGAACACGGCUGUGAAGCAGCUCAACCGUUACACUGAAGGACUAGAAAUCCUAACGUGGAUUCUGAACCCAAUUCUACCUUUCAUUGUCACAGCUCGUGCCUGAGAUCAUCCAUGUGUGUGUUUGUCACUAUGAAACUGACUCUGUCCAUGCAAAGAUGCCUCAGGUCCCAUCAUUGGAAGCAGAAAAUUCGUAUGGAAUCAGUACAACCCACUAUUCCCAGUUUUUCAUUUAUUCAGGAUUGACCUCUGUUACUCUGUUUAAUGUAGAACCUUGUAGGGUGUGUGAAAAAUCCUUGGGGGGGGGGGGUGUCUUUCCCUUAAAGGUCUAAGCUAAGGAAGCAGUUGCUGUGCCAUGCAAAGAUGUAGGAGUUAUCUUUUAUGAAAGCAUAAACUCCGUGGUUCUCAGGAGGUUUCUAUAAUGCCACAUAGAAAGGUACCAAUUGCAUGAGUAAUUAUUGCAACUGGAUUUCUAAUUUCCUGUUUGUGCCUUUAUUCCCUUCCUAUUUUUUAAAGGACAAGAAGACACACACAACCUGUUAAUAAAUUUAGGAAUUAGUUCUCACUCUGUGAAGAAACUGUGUUGGAACAACACCUCUUUUUUAUCCUUUGCACACCCACAGUUAUUUUUCCUUCUUAAAUUGGCGGUAUCAGGGGCUGGCAUUGUGGUGUGGUGAGUUAAGCCACUGCCUACCACCUGGCAUCCCACUUCAGGGAUGGUUUCAGUCCCAGCCUCUCCUCUUCCAGUCCAGAUUCCUGAUAAUACAUCUGAGGAGACAACAGAAGAUGGCCUUGGUACUUGGGCCCCUGCUACCCAUGUGGGAGACCUGGAUGGAGUUGUUGGCUCCUGACUUCGUGCUGGCCCAGACCUGACUAUUAUGGCCAUCUGGGAAUUGACCCAAGAGAUAGGUGAACUUCUUUGUGAGUGACAGAGACCCAAGUACCCGAGGCAUCAUUUGCUGCCUUGCAGGGUGAACAUUAGCAGAAAACUGGAAUCUGAAGUAGAGCUGGGAUUUGAACCCAGACAUUCCAAUAUAGACUUAGGGUGUCCCAAGCAGUCUUUAUUGCUGACUCAGACAUCAACCCAUUUCGUUUGUGUUUUUGAAUAUUAACAAUUCCCAGGGAAAAAGCCUUAGGAAGUCUGGUAGUAAGCAGUCCAGAUGUCUGAAAUGUACUGUGGUUUUGUAUUGUUACUAUGUGGCUCUAUUAGAUGGAAUUCUCUAUAAUUCAAUUUUCUUCUCACUUAAGUAACAACACAAUUUGCUGUCCCCUGGAGUAGAACUCAAUUUUCAUUUCUCUCAAGCAUCACCUCUGAAUUCUUAGUUUCUUUCCUCUGGGCACUUACAGGCUACAAUCACAUUUUGCUCAUGCCUGUGUUCUUUGAUAUCACUUUGAAGUAUAGUUAUUUAACUGUUUUUCCUACUCUUUUGUGGUCUUACUGGUGGAUGGGAAUCGUAUUUAUUUUUCUUGAUGUCUCUGUUUUCAAACACAGAGCCUCAUAGAGAAUAAAUACUAAAGAAUUGUUGGAUAGGUGGAGACAGUUGAUUCGGCUAUAUUCGAUUUACAGAAUGCCCAGCCAUUGGCUCAAAGGGGGCUGACUAGGAUUGUAAUUUGGAUCAUCUGCCACUUGAAGAGUCUAUAAGGAUAUUCUUUUUAUUUAUAACAAAUUCAGAUUUUUUUCUAUUUAUCUGUUUAUGUCAGUGUAUAGGAGAAUGUUGUGUAAUAAUAUGGAGAGUAUGUUUUUGAAAAUUGUACUCCCAAAACUUUUGAAGGUUUUUGUUAUUAUUGUUAAUAAUAGCUCAGUUGCAAGUUUACCAUUUCUUCCUCAGGAUCAAAAGGCUACCCUUUUCUUCAAAAAGAGUAUGUCGGUUUAUUUCAAUGAAGUGAGUUACUGGGGAACAUAAGUGAUGUACUUCCUUGUUUGUUUUGGUAGUAGUAGGGUAUCAUCUGUGUGAGGUCAGGGUUCCCCUUCAUUCUACUCUCUCAGGUCAGAUUCUUCUGGUUGUCAAGAAUAGAAAUUGCCUCUAAAACUUG